GGCAGGCUGGCAGAAGCGGACUUGCUUGCUACUACCCAGGAAGAAGGGCUACUACCACGAUGAGGAUAAAAGUGGGGUUUCUUUUACGGAGUUUGCUCGUAAUUGGGACAUUUUUGGGUCUUGUAGUGCUUUGGUCAUCGUUGUCACCCAAACCGAGUGAGGACAAUCCUUUCGCCAAGCGGAAUGAGGAUUUUCUGCCCAAAGGAGGUCCAGUCGACCAGUUCAAACCAGUGGUGCCCUGGCCCCAUGUGGAGGGAGUGGAGGUGGAUCUCAACGCAGUUAGAAUUAAACAUGGAAAUGAGAACCACCCCCCAAACGCAGACCAGAAUCAAAAUCAGGUGAUGCAGCAACAGUAUGUCACCUUUAAACCACACUCCCAGGCUUACAACAACCCCGUGUUGAAGAAGGGCAUUCUGGGCAACUUUGAGCCAUCCGAACCUGAGCCCCCAGGAGUGCCAGAUGGGCCAGGGGAGGGGGCCAAGCCUUUCGUCCUGGGACCCGAGUACAAAGAGGCAGUGCAGGCUUCCAUCAAAGAGUUUGGGUUCAACAUGGUGGCCAGUGAUAUGAUCUCACUAGACAGAAGUAUCAGCGACAUACGGCAUGAAGAGUGUAAAUACUGGCAUUAUGACGACCGCCUGCUCACUUGCAGUGUGAUCAUAGUAUUUCAUAACGAAGGCUGGUCCACUCUGAUGCGCACAGUGCACAGUGUCAUCAAGAGGACUCCGAGGAGAUACCUGGCCGAGAUAGUCAUGAUCGAUGACUUUAGCAAUAAAGAGCAUUUAAAGGAGCGGCUGGAGAAAUAUAUACAGCAGUGGAACGGUUUGGUCAAACUUCACAGAAACGAAAAACGAGAGGGUCUGAUCCAGGCCAGGAGCAUAGGAGCUAAAGUGGCCACGAAAGGACAGGUGCUUAUUUACUUGGACGCUCACUGCGAGGUGGGAGUAAACUGGUAUGCUCCAUUGGUGGCUCCCAUUUCAAAGGACAGAACGGUCUGUACAGUGCCCCUGAUUGACUCCAUUCACGGGCAGCAGUUCACGUUGGAGCCACAAGGGGGAGGCGACAAGGACGGUUUUGCCAGAGGAGCCUGGGAUUGGAGCAUGCUUUGGAAGAGGGUUCCACUCGGCGAAAGAGAAAAAAAACAGAGAAAGACUAAGACAGAGCCAUAUAGGUCUCCAGCGAUGGCCGGAGGCCUGUUUGCCAUUGAGAGAGAUUUCUUCUUUGAGCUGGGUUUAUAUGAUCCUGGAUUACAGAUCUGGGGAGGGGAGAACUUUGAAAUAUCCUACAAGAUUUGGCAGUGCGGGGGCCAGUUGCUGUUUGUGCCCUGUUCCAGAGUGGGGCACAUCUACAGACUGCAUGGGUGGCAGGGCAACCCUCCUCCAGCUCACGUGGGAUCUUCACCAACACUCAAGAAUUAUGUGCGCGUGGUGGAGGUUUGGUGGGAUGAGUAUAAAGACUAUUUUUACGCCAGUCGCCCUGAAACACUCACUCUGGCCUAUGGAGACAUCAGUGACCUCAAACGCUUCAGAGAGGAGCACAGGUGUAAGAGCUUCAAGUGGUUUAUGGAGGAAAUCGCAUAUGACAUCCCUCUGCAUUACCCUCUGCCUCCGAAGAAUGUGGAAUGGGGAGAGAUUCGUGGCUUUGAGACAAGUUACUGCAUUGACAGUAUGGGGCACAACAAUGGAGGCAAUGUGGAGAUUGGACCCUGCCACAGAAUGGGAGGCAACCAGUUGUUCCGCAUUAACGAGGCCAACCAGCUGAUGCAGUACGACCAGUGUCUGACCCGAGGCAGCGACAACUCUGCUGUCAUCAUAACUCACUGCGAUCAGAACCAGAACAACGAGUGGAAAUAUUUUAAGGAUCUUCACCGGUUCACUCAUAUGCCAACAGGAAAAUGCUUGGACCGCUCCGAUCUCCUCCAUAAGGUUUUCAUCUCAGAUUGUGACAACAGUAAAACCACACAGAAAUGGGAGAUGAACAACAUUGUGGCCGUAUGAGGACCUUAACGGAGAACAAAACUUGCACUAAAUGUCAACCAUUUCUUAUCCCCAUUUAUGGAGGAAUACAGUGGAAAUAAGGGGACAAAAUACCACACCAUGUUUACAAAGGCUCAUACUGUCCUCUAGGGGGAGACAUUUUGAAGUUGGAUGAAGUUUGAAUGAACAGCGUCAAGGCAAGGCUAAGAAUAUUUUGGCACAUCAAAAGUUGAACAAGAUAGCACUGAAAUUAUGUUGGAUCAAAACACUAUAGUCACGAUGCUCAAGUUUAUUGAAAAUACGUUAUGUAACUUUUCAGGAUGAGGGUCUGCCACUUGCUUGUCUCUGUGGGGGUGGUAUUGUUUUGCCUGUAAUAGAUCACAGUAUAAAGUUAUCUAUUGUGCAUUUACAGAGUUACAGGUGUUUUAAUUGUGCAAAAUCCUCUUGAAAAACAGUGAGGGUUGCCUUUCCACAUAUCUGACCUCUAACUUGGCUGCAAGUUUAAUGCCAUACUUUUACAAUGUUCUAGGCAAAGCAAUAAUAUAACUGUAGACAAGUAACUCAUGACCCCUCCAUUAGAAAAGUUACAUACCUUUAAAGCUGCACUGUGUAACUUUUCUGGUGAGGUGGUCUGCCACUUGUUUGUUGCUAUGGAGAAUUCAUAGUUUUGCCUAAAACUUUAUGUAGUAUGCCCUAAAACUUACUUAUGUUGCUUGAAUUCAAUUAGUAAAAAUACCUUGAAAACAUGCAUUUGUAUUGUCAGCAGGGUUCUCUUCAUCUAAGUUAUAACUUUGCUCGGUAUCUCCAUGGGGAUAAAUGUGUUUACAAGCAAGUGGCAGACCCACACAGACAAAGAAGUUAUACAGUGCACCUUUAAGCUCGGUCUACUAGUUUAAAUACUAAUUUUUAAUUUUAGUUAAUUUAGACAAUGUCAAACAUAAUGGACUGAUUCAAAGCUAUUUUAAUCAUCUUUAGUCAUAUCAGAAUGACCAAAAUGGCACUGAAAUUAUGUGGAAUCAAAACGCAGAUAGUCAAGAUACUCACCAGUUACUAGGCUUAGUCCACACUGGCCUUAAUAAUAAUUUAUAUUUUCCAUUAAAUAAAAAAUGAUAGCUCUACAUUACUGCAUUACUGAAAUUAAUUCUGUUGAGUCAGUACUCAAUGUCAAAAAGUACAAAAAAAAAAAAAAGCUGUAGGUCUAUAUUUUUUUAUUUAUUUUAAUAUGUAUUUUUCAAGUGUGAACAGGCUUGAGAUAAUGCAGACAGUAGAAAGGACAUUGACACAUUUAGGUGAACAAGAUGGCUCUAAAAUUAUUGUAUCAAAUUAUAUAAUAUAAUGGAAAUAUAUUAAAUAAUACCUUACGAUGUGUCCACACUAGUUGCCCAUGCCAUAUUUUUUUACUCCAACAAAUCAUGAUUCACAAACCUGAUUCUGAAAUGGCAUAAUUCAACCAAUUCAAUUGAACCAAAACAAUGCAAAAGAAGGCUUAAAUAAAGAAAAUCCUGAAAAAAAUCUGCCUUUUUCACAUUUAACUUAAAAAAAAAAUUCUAUAAUACCAAUUGUUGCAGUAUAUUCAUUCUUGAAUAUCUGGCAAUAUAUCUUAGAAUGGUGGAAAAUGAUGCCCACUCCAGAGAUCAGGAGACUAAACGACAACCUCCUCCUGAGAGACAGGAGACAAGAUAACCACUCCACAGUAACACAGGGAUAACAUACACACUCCACUUAAAGCGAUCGGGAGUCUAACCCACAACCUAAUCUAGAGAAACAAAUCUGAAUACCAGUUGUUUUUUGACACUAAUUACACAAAUUUGUAUUGCCCUGACAAGAUCACUGUAAUCUUGCUUUCAUUUGUUUUAUUUUACAUAUAUUCAGUUAAGGCCUAUUCUUAAAAUUAUUGAAAAUGUAUUGACUUUCUGCCAUAGUUCAGUAGCUGACCAAUCAACUGUGACUUCAAACUGCCUGAAACCUGAAGAAGAAAAGACUAGAUUUUGGGGAUUUUUUGAAUAACUUGAUUAUGUUUUUUGGGGGGUAAAAAUAUUUUGAAUGGGUUUGGUGGUGAAUGAAUGAUGUUGUGAUAAAAUAUGUAAUGUUUUUUUUACAAAUGUAAAUAUGUUUCUUUAUAAAAAUCAUGAUGCAUUUUGUGAAGGGGCUUGAAUUAUGUAAAUAUUAAGUUAUAAGAGAUUUAAUAAUUCUAUGGGGUGAGACUGUGGGAGAAGAAUAAAGAGAAUGGUUUCUA